CUCUCUGCUGUGGUUCCCACAGAGGUGUUGAUGAUAUCCAAGCUAAGAAGACUUAAUUCACCCUACAGCAACGCUGAAAAAGCUUUGGGUUCCAAUAACUGUUGGGUCUCAAAAGGGGAAGAGGAAUACAUGUUGUUGAACCACUUAUAGGUGUGGAAAUGUCAUCUGAUUAUAAUAAAACUCACUGUGGCCUGGCACCUCAAAGCCUGGUGGCCUCCAUCCUGCCUCCUGUGCUCAUCGUCGAGCUUCUGCUGGGCCUUCCAGGGAACCUGCUAGCAUUAUGUGUCUUCUGCCGCCACCUUCAGUCCUGGACACCCAAUGUUGUGUUUCUCUUGAAUUUAGUCCUGGCUGACUUUCUGCUCCUGGUGAGCUUACCUUUACGAAUUGACUACCUUCAGAGAGAGGAAGACUGGGUGUUUAGUGAUGCCUGGUGUCGGAUUAACCUGUUCAUGCUUGCAGUCAACAGGUCAGCGAGCAUCGGCUUCAUGACUGCAGUGGCUGUGGAUCGAUACUUUAAAGUAGUCCAUCCACACCAUAAAGUGAACUUCAUCAGUUCAUCACAGGCUGCAGGGACUGCUUGCUUUAUCUGGGCUGUGGUGUUUUCACUGCGGCUCCCUCUUCUGCUGACUGGUGAUCUCCUUAUGAAACAUGAAAAUCACUCUUAUUGCCGGAGCUUCAACCCCGAUAAGGAUCCAAAACUGGGGAUCAAGCUCCACUAUGCAGUGUACUUAGCUGAGUUCUUUUUCUCUCUGAUCAUCCUGCUAUUCUGCUCCUUCAGAAUUUGCUGUAUCUUACAUCGACGUCAUAAAGACAAAAAGAAAAAUAUGCGUCAGGCUGUUAGGAUCAUUUCAGUAAUCAAUGUGGUCUUUAUUGUAUGCUUUGGCCCUGGUGUUGCUAUCGGACUGACUGCACUCUAUAUGAAGACACAGGGGGAAAGCUACUGUGAUACCUUCAAAUCAAGUGGUGAGUGGUUUGUAAUAGGCAUUGGGUUCACCUACCUGAACAGUGUACUGGACCCGGUAAUCUAUGGAUUUUGCAGCUCCAUGUUCCGGGAUGCUGUGAAGACAAUGAUCAAUCGGCUUGGACUGGUGGCACUACAGCUCAGUCACCGAGGCAACACAGUAAAUGGAGAUAAAGGCUAAAGGCCAGAGUAUACUGAUGGGACAAAGAGAAAAAUUUGCUUGGUGGGACAUACCUGUGUGUGGAUGUAGAACGACUCCAGGAUAUUCUCUACCUAUUCACUCAAUUGCACUUGUAUUUUUUUCCAGAACGAAGUACAACUGCAAACAUUAGAGUCUUUAUGGUUGUCAGUGUACUUAGUGGACAGUGUACUCUAUCCGUAAGAAGGUGGCACCUCUUGUUGACACAUUCCAUUCAAUAAUAUUGUCUGGAUGAUGCAAAAAUGGUCUGUUUUAAAAUAAACUACAUAAUUUAACAGACCUACUUACCUGCCCAACAAGUAGACUCAGAGAUGAACUAUAUGUAAAUAUAUAUACUGACCCAGAUGACAAGAGGAUAGUGGGCCACUGAUGGCAAACUGAUGGUCCACUGCCUUUUGGUAUCAGCCAGUGGUAUCAGUAGUAUUGGACACAAUUCCACUUUUCAUAGCUUAUUUUUCAUUCAGUCUAAUGUGUGUAUUCUUCAUUGCUUACUGUACUAUGCAUAGCUAUUAAAAGGGCUUGGCUAAUUUGGCUAAUUUAGCUUUGUUGGUCUAUCUGUUUGGCAGUUAACUGUACUAGACAUAGCUACUAAAAGGGCUUGGGUAAUUUGGCUAAUUCAUCCUUUUUGCUCUAUCCAUUUGAUAGUUAACUAUACUAGGUGUAGCUACUACAGGAGCUUGGCUAAUUCGAUUACUUUAGACUUGAUGGUCUAUACAUUUGGUAGUUAACUGUACUAGACAUAGCUACUAAAAGGGGCUUGGCUAAUUUGGCUAAUUUAGCUUUGUUGGUCCACUGGUUUGGUAGUUAACUGUACUAGUCACAGCUACUAAAUAGGCUUUGCUAAUCUAGCAUUGUUGCUAUAUCACAGGAGUCAGCAACCCAAAUGUCAAGAAGAGCCAUUUUGUCAAGUUUCAACAAAAAUCUAACAAUCUUGGGAGCCACAA